CCAAAAUGUCAACAAAACAUGGUAAUGAAGAAGAGGACUUGGAUGAAAUAAUUAAAGACAUAAUCGAUGAAAAUAACUUUGCUAAAAAUCCUGCGAAAUGUAUAUCUAAAUCUUCCAGCCUCGCAGCUGAAACUAAUAUUACCUCUAUUCAUGCUCAUGGUAAGAGAUGUUGCCCAGUAUACCUUGGAGGAAGCACUGCACCGUGUGGUAUUGGAACCAAUAUUUCACAAAGAACUUGUGAUCGACUACGUUGUACUGCAUGUGACUUCCAUGUUUUACACCAUGAUGACUAUCAGUGGGAUAAAUCGUGUGAUUAUCUCUUUUUCAGGAAUAACAUGCCUGAAUUCAGCAAGCUGAGAACAAAGAUGGUAAAGAAGAAAGGAACACGGGCCUACGCUUGCCAGUGCUGUUGGAGAUCUAUAGAUGAGCUAACAGACCUGAGUAUGGACCGACAGCUCCGCUGGGUUUGUAGCAAACACGCCAAGUGACGUCAUCC